CUCGGUUUGGACAAGGUACCGGCAAUAUUUGGAUGGAUGACGUUUCCUGCAAGGGGACAGAGUCCCAUCUCCGGUCUUGCUCCUUCCCUGGUUGGGGAACCCACAACUGUGGUCAUGGUGAGGAUGCAGGAGUAAUCUGUUUCCCAGAUCCUUCACCGGAGCCGACAAUCUCUGUCAGCCCUUCAUUGGCACUCUACGUGGCUGGAGAUUCACUCACUAUUAAUUGCACAGUUCCACACAGCAACUUGACUGGACAUCUGGAGUUGUUGAAGGAUUCGAAUUCUCUCAUCAUCGGACAAGGAGCCCUCACAUAUGUCACUGAAAACGUCACCACCAGCGACCAAGGGAGCUAUCAAUGUUCCUAUCGGCCUGAGGUGGCAGAGCAAUGGUCACCCAGCUCUCUGAGUCAACCUGUUGAUAUUGUUGUGACAAAUCCUGUAACCGAGCCAAGCAUCUCCGUGAGAGCUGACGGCGAAUCAGUCAACAUCAGCUGCACAGUUCCAGACGGUGUCCCCACAGGCCGCUUUCUGUUGCUCAAGGACACAGUUCCCAUCAUCAACAGCACCAUCAGCCAGCAAUCCUUCACCUACACCAUUCCGAACAUCACUGACAGCAGCCAGGGCCAGUACACAUGUUCCUACAAAACCCAGGUUUCAGGUCGUUGGAUACCAUCAUUUCAAAGUCCCCCUGUAACUGUCGCACAAAACCACUGGACUCAAAAGCUGACUCACUAUCUUUGGGUGACGGGAAUAGCACUGUUCAUUGUUGUUGUAGCAGCUGCAAUUGUGAUGAAAAUGAGAAACGGGAAGAAAAGAGGACAUGCUACAUUCAGAGAAUCUAUCACCAAGUUUCAGAUGCAAAAUAUUGCAAACACAAUCGACCCAUUGUGUUCAGAGGUGACACACUAUGCAAUUGAAGAUUGAAGACUGGUUAUACAUCGUUGAUUCAUAGUGGAGAACAUUGUCCUUGUCAGAAUCUACUCUUCACUCCUAGAAUUUUGUGAAGUUUUGACAACACAUUGAAUGCAUAAACUCUUAUUUUUGAAGAGAAUACAGAAUUAGAAUCAUAGUCCUCCACAGGACAGAAAAGUUCCUUUAGCCCAUUAAAUCUGAACUGAUGUUAAAACAACUCUAAAUCCACAGCAGUACUACUUUCCCUCACUAGACUCCCAUACUCUUGAAUGUUAUGACACUUCAAGUGUUCAUCCAAGUACUUUUUAAAUGUUGGGAGGUUUCCUGCCCCAAUUACCCUCCCAGACAGUCCAUUCCAGACCCCCGCCACACUUUGAGGGAAAUGAUCCUCAAAUCUCCCUCUGAGCCUCCUGUCUUUCACUUUAAAAUAAUACCCACUUGUUAUUAACCCUGUGAUUAAGGGGAAUAACUGCCUCCUAUCCAGCCUGUCCAUGCCCCUCAUUAUCUUGUAUUUGAUUUCAUCAUCUUGAAGUCAUAUGGUGCAGAAACAUAUCCUUUGAUCUAACUCAUCCGGUCUUCACCACUUCCUCUGGCAGCUCAUUCCAUACAUGCACUAUAUUCUGCAUUUGGAACUUACUCCUUGGAUCCUUUAUAUAGCUUAAACUUAUGCUCUCUAAUUUUGACCUCCUCCACCCCAUAAAAAGACCUUGGCCCUUCACCCUACUCAUGCCCCUCAUGAUUUUGUGGCUCUAUAACGUCACCCCUCAAUCUCCAAUGCUCCAGAAAAAAUAAACCCAGGCUAUUCAGCUUUUCACUAUAACUCAAAUUUUCCAGUCCUGAACUGUGUGCAGUUUUCUAAAACUGUCCUCACCAACGUCAUGCGUAGCUGCAACGUGACGUCCCAACUCCUGUACUCAGUGUUUGACAAAUGAAGGCAAGUUUGCUAAAUGCCUUCUUCACCACCCAGUCUACAUGCAACACCACAGAGUCAGAGCCCUACAGCACAGAGACAGGCCCUUUGGCCCAAACUGUUCCAUGCUGACUAAAGUGUCCAUCAAUGCUAACCCCAUUUUCCCUCUAAACCUUUCCUAUCCAUGUACUUGUCCAAAUGCCUUUUAAAUGUUGUUAAUG